GGACGGGUCCCGGCACCUUGCGGGGCCGGGCACGGCGGGGCAGCGUCCCGGGCGAGCCGGGCUUGGCGGAGAAGCGGGGGUUGCAGACACACCACCGCCAGCCUCCCCGAGCUCGGACACCGCCGAGAGCGGCCGCUGCCUCCCCCCCAACCCCGCAGCGCCGCAAAGUUUGCAAAUGUCAGGAACAACCAGGGCCACACGAGAAACCCGACCAAAAUUCCGAGCGGGGGAAGUUGUGCCAGACGUAGACCACCAGCAUCUGUUUAUCAUUGUUGGAGCUGCAAGGGGAAAAAAAAACAUCCUCUGGAUGCUGAGCUGCCGGAGCGGAGGGAAUGGUCUGCCUCCCGAGCUGCCAUUAACAUUCAGAUACGUGACCGAGGCAGCUUUGAAGCCUUUUCUGAGGACUCCUUCGUCCUUCUGUAGAAUGUUUAAUCUUCCUGUGGAGUGUCUAACUAUGAGACUUUCAUUCUUGUGCCAUACAGAUGAGCAGGGGGCUGCUCAGGUGAUUGAACGGGUCCCAAAUCGUUACUGGAGAAUGGAGAGAUCAGGAAUGUCGGGAGCCACAGUUCCCCCCCCAGUCUCUGCAGAAGGAGCCAGGAUGACUUUGCAGCCUCCUGUCACACAGCUCAUCCAUGAAGGGGCCAGAGACAGCACAAAUGCCACCAGCUGGGAGGCAAAACUUGCUAAGAACCAAACCUUCCACGGGUUUAUUGCUCUCGCUGUGGCUGCUCACGGGCUGGGCACGUGUGCAGUUCAGAACGGGGAAAUUAUCUGUACGGGGCACCCGGUGCCACACGGUCUAACCUUGCAAUGGAAAAAAAAAAAAAAAAAAACAACAAAAAACCAAGUUUGA